GUGGAGUCCAACCAGAGACUCUUAGAAGAUCUGCUGGGUCAGACAGAGAACAGUCCAGAAACCAUCCAGAGAAUCAUCACCAACCUGAAGGAGAUGAACACUGAAUAUAUCUCUCCUGAUAGAAGCAUCAACAUCUUCUACUGUCUGGUGGAGAUGAACGACGUCUCAUUUUAUCAGGAGAUCCAACGGCUGCUGGAUUCAGGGAAGGAGCUCUCAGAGACUGACUAUUCAGCUCUGGCCUUCAUGCUGCAGAUGUCAGAGGUUCUGGAUGAGUUGGACCUGGAGAAGUACAACACAUCAUAUUAUGGACGAUGGAGACUGUUUCCAGCUGUGAGGAACUGCAGAAAGGCUCGACUUGGUGACUGGUGGUUCCAAAAGGAUGAAUGUGAAGUUUUGGCCUCGGCUCUGAAGUCCAACCCAGAUCUGACUGAACUGGAAAUAAAUGAGAUCUUCAUAAAUAGAGGUGAAGACUCUGAUCUGAAGCCUGUGGUUGAGAUCCUGGAGAGUUCAGUCAGUAAAGUGAAGAAUCUGAGAUUGGAGGUCUGCAGUUUGUCAGAGACCAGCUGGACUUCUCUGUUCUCAGCUCUGAAGUCCAACCCGACCCAUCUGACAAGACUGGACCUGAUUGAUAUCAACCUGGGAGAUUCUGGACUGAAGGAGCUCUGUGGUUUUCUACAGACUGAAGGCUGCAGACUGGAGACAUUGAAUUUGAGCUGCAGGUUGUCAAAGACCAGCUGGACUUCUCUGUUCUCAGCUCUGAAGUCCAACCCGACCCACCUGACAAAACUGGACCUGAUCGGAACCAACCUGGGAGAUUCUGGAGUGAAGGAGCUCUGUGGUUUUCUACAGACUGAAGGCUGCAGACUGGAGACAUUGUUAUUGAUGGACUGCAGUUUGUCAGAGACCAGCAGGACUUCUCUGUUCUCAGCUCUGAAGUCCAACCCGACCCAUCUGACAGAACUGGACCUGAUCAAAACCAACCUGGGAGAUUCUGGACUGAAGGAGCUCUGUGGUUUUCUACAGACUGAAGGCUGCAGACUGGAGACAUUGAUACUUGGUGGCUGUUGGCUCCGAAAGGAUGAAUGUGAAAUUUUGGCCUCGGCUCUGAAGUCCAACCCAGAUCUGACUGAACUGGAAAUAAAUGAGAUCUUCAUAAAUAGAGGUGGAGACUCUGAUCUGAAGCCUCUGGUUGAGAUCCUGGAGAGUUCAGUCAGUAAAGUGAAGAAUCUGAGAUUGUAUGGCUGCAGUUUGUCAGAGACCAGCUGGACUUCUCUGUUCUCAGCUCUGAAGUCCAACCCGACCCAUCUGACAGAACUGGAGCUGAUCAGCACCAACCUGGAAGAUUCUGGAGUGAAGGAGCUCUGUGGUUUUCUACAGACUGAAGGCUGCAGCCUGGAGACAUUGCUAUUGAAGUUCUGCAGGUUGUCAAAGAUCAGCUGUGAUUAUUUGGCCUCAACUCUGAAGUCCAACCCGACCCGUCUGACAAAUCUAGACCUGGGAGGAAACAACAGACUGAAGGAUUCAGAUGUUCAGCAGCUGAAGAAUCUUGUAAAGACUUUAAAGUGCGAUCCACAGUAUGUCUACAGUAGAGUUUUCCAUAAUUAUGACUGAUCCCAGUAAAGUAGAAAAUGGUCUCAGUGUCCUGCUGAUCCUCAGAGGUUGAAGCUGCAGCAGUUUGAGUGUAAAGAGACUCUGACUGGAUCAUGAUGAUGACCUCUGACCUCCAA